GGAACGAGACUUCCUCUCGAGCCGAGUGAGUUCUUGCUUCUCUGCUUCGAGUAGCCGACUCGACCUUUCUUACCAGAUAUUGGAUUACCUAUCAAAACGGUGCAGACGGCCCGGUCCGGCCCCAAGACCAUUCAGUCAUUCUCCAUUCAGUUCAGCCUCAGCCCUCAAGCUCCCUGCCUCCCUCAGCCAUUCAGCCUCACUUAAGUCACUCCCCCAGUCCCCAGUCCCCAGUCCCCAGGCUGACCCCUGACCUCGUCUUCUCUCCCACUCCCAGUCUCCCAGCACGCACGACGCACUCCCAGCUCCUCGUUCAUCGGUGCUGCCCUGCUUCUCGGUGACGACUGACGCUCCCCAAGUGUGCAAGUGCUACACAGCACACGAACACAAACAAAAGGCCAAGGGGACACUGUUUUUUUUUUACUUCCCUAACCCUUUGACGAUCGCCAUACCAUGGGGAAGACCAAGAAGAACAAGAAGAGCAUCAAGAAAUCCGGUCCUGAUGCAGUAGCCAUGAAAUUGAAAGCAUCUUCUAAGGGCGCCGACAACCCUUUUGAGUCCAUCUGGUCUCGAAGGAAGUUUGACGUCCUCGGACAGAAGCGCAAGGGGGACACCCGCCGCAUUGGCCUCGCUCGCUCCCUCGCCAUCGAGAAGAGGAAGAAGACACUUCUAAAAGAGUACAAACAGAGCACUAAGUCUUCGGUGUUUGAGGAUAAGCGAAUUGGUGAGGGAGAUGAAGCACUUGAUGAGUUUGGCAAGGCUAUCUUGAGAACCCAGCGAGAACGCCAGUUGAACAUGAAACUAAGCAAGAAAAGCAAGUAUCACCUGUCGGAUGAAGAGGAUGAUUUUGAUGAACCUAAUACUUUGGGUUUGGAAAGAGAUGAUUUUGAAGAUGAAAUGCUUCCAGACGAUGAUGGUGACGAAGCUUAUGAAACUAAACGAAAAUCAGCUUUGGGGCUGCAUAUGCAGAUUCCAACGGAGACAAGUGUGGCUGAAGGUGAAGCAAAUAAGAAGAAAACUCAUGCAGAGGUUAUGAAGGAAAUUAUUGCAAAAAGCAAAUAUUUUAAGGCUGAAAAAGCCAAAGAAAAGGAAGAAAAAGAAGAAUUGCUUGACGAAUUAGAUAGGAAGUUCACUUCUUUGUCUCAAUCUCAAGCAUUAGUUUCUCUAACGAAACCGAAUAGUAAUUCUGAGCAGGAAAAACCGGAUGAGUAUGACAUGCUUGUCAAACAAAUGGGACUGGAGAUGCGUGCUCGUCCUUCAAAUAGGAUAAAGACACCAGAAGAGAUAGCUCAAGAAGAAAGAGAACAUUUAGAGGAAAUGGAGGAAGAGCGGCAGAAAAGGAUGCUUGCUUCUGAAGAUUCAAGUGAUGAAGACAAUGAAGAUUCAGAAAAGGCAUCUAAGCAAAAUCCAAGAUCUCUAUCUGGUGAUGAUCUUGGUGAUUCCUUCUCUCCAAAUGAAGAAACUAUGGCUAAGAAGGGUUGGAUUGAUGAGAUUCUUGAAAGAAAAGAUGAGGAAGAUUCUGACAGCGAAGAGAGUGAUGGUGAAUAUUCUGAUGACUUAGGAAGCUCUGAAGGUGCGGAUGAGGGAUCUGAUGAGGAUCUUGAUGAUCAUGAGAAGGAUCUUUCUUUAAAAGAUUGGGAGCAGAGUGAUGAUGAUAAUAUUGGAAUAGAUCUGGAAGAUGAAGAUAACGAGGAAGAAAGCAAAGAAAGAACUUCAGAAGAAGUUGAUGGGAAAAAUGUUGUGGAUAUGAGUUCAAAGAAAGACAUGAAGGAUCCUUUACAAGCCAAAAAAAUAUAUGUUGGAGGAAAACCGUCAAAAGAGUUACCUUAUAUAAUUGAAGCUCCCAAGAACAUUGAAGAAUUAUAUUCCCUGCUGGAUAAUUGCUCUAUUUCUGAUACCAUCCUAGUAAUUAACCGGAUUCGGAAAAGCAAUCCAAUCACACUUGCAGUGGAAAAUCGCAAGAAAAUGCAAGUAUUUUAUGGGGUAUUAUUGCAGUAUUUUGCUGUUAUGGCAAACAAGAAACCUUUGAAUGUUGGGUUACUCAAUAUGCUAGGGAAACCAUUGAUAGAGAUGAGUAUGGAGAUCCCGUACUUUGCUGCAAUAUGUGCUCGUCGCAGAAUAGAGAGUAUUAUAAAGCAGUUUGUUGAGAGCAUCAAGAAUCCAGAAAGCAGCAGCUGGCCUUCUACAAAGACAUUAUUUCUCUUGCGAUUGUGGUCCAUGAUAUUUCCAUGCUCUGACUUUAGGCAUCCAGUUAUGACCCCUGCGAUUCUAUUGAUGUGUGAGUAUCUCAUGCGUUGCCGAAUAGUAUCUGGUCAGGAUAUUGCCAUUGGCUCUUUCUUAUGCUCAAUGCUUCUCUCUGUAUUUAGACAGUCAAGAAAGUUCUGUCCUGAAGCAAUAAUGUUCCUCCAAGCUGCGCUGAUUGCAGCGGCUGAGAGUAAUAUUUCGCAUGCAGAUUCUCAGGCCUAUCAACUUAUGGAACUGAAAGCUCUCAAGCCUGUGCUGUGCAUAUGUGAAACCGUAAAUGAGAUUAGUCCUCUGAACUUUUUCCACAUAAUGGACAUGCCGGAGGACUCUUCUAUUUAUUCUUCUGAUAAUUUCAGGGCUAGUGUGUUAGUUGCCGUUAUCGAAACUCUACAAGGAUAUGUCGAAGUCUAUGAAGGCUUAAGCUCGUUUCCUGAAAUAUUUUUACCAAUUUUGAGGAUUCUAUUUGAGAUAUCAGAACAGAAAAAUAUGCCAAAUGCAUUAACAGAGAAAAUUAAAGAUGUGACUGAGCUAAUUAAGGCGAACAUAGAUAAACAUCACACUUUGAGGAGACCACUUCAAAUGCGAAAACAAAAGCCAGUACCAAUCAAAUUAUUGAAUCCCAAGUUUGAGGAGAAUUACGUCAAGGGUAGAGAUUAUGAUCCAGACCGUGAACGAGCCGAAAUGAGAAAGUUGAAGAGACAGUUGAAGCGUGAAGCAAAAGGAGCUGCUCGUGAAUUGCGUAAAGACAAUUAUUUCUUGCUUGAGGUGAAGGAUAAAGAAAGGUCCUUACAAGAAAAAGAAAGAACUGAAAAGUAUGGUAGAGCUAAGGCAUUCCUUCAAGAACAAGAACAUGCUUUCAAAUCUGGACAACUAGGAAAAGGGAGGAAAAGGAGGAGAUAAAUUUAACUUCGGCUUUCUUCGAUACUGUGUUAACGAAUUGAGACAUGCAUGGGCCCCUACUUCACAUUAAAGACCUCAAGGGAUUGCUUUUCUCCACUUCCCGCCCAAUCUUUAGGAGUUGAAGCAGAAAUGAUGCAGGUUAAUCUUCUUGAAAAGAAAGUGUGUGUUGGUGAUUGUUAGCGGGAAGAUACCAAUUUUGUUUGAUAUUUAAUACUUAAGUGGUUGUAAUAUUCAAAUUAGAGAAAGGAGUCCUAAAAGUUUGUACGCUGAAAGGUGAAUAAUAUAGAGGCAAAAAAUUUAGUUGGAGUAGUGCUAACUUCUGAUUUCAUUUUAGUUUUCAAUGUUAAGAUUUAUAAUUUAGGAACCGGUGUUUAUGUU